UUCAUUUCAAACGUACACGAAAGGGAAGACCAUCGGCGCCAUUUUAAUUCAAGUUAAAGUGAAAUUAUUUAUUGGUUUUAUCCUUCUUAAAACAAUAUAUAAAGACACCCCCCUUAAAUAUACGAUGGGGUAUACUAAUUGUGUGGUACCUGGUUGUAAAAAUAAACCAGACAAAGGUAUACUAUUUAAAUAUUGGCCCCAAAACCCAAUUCUUGCCGCGCAAUGGCAUGAAUAUUUGCCACAUAUUAUACCAAAACCAAACCGCACUGCUGUCUGUGAGGUAAAUAAAUUUACUAUUGAACUUCUUUCUCUUUUAUAAUGUAAUUAACUUUUUAUCACUUUCUUUAGAAUCAUUUUGAAGAAUGCAUGUUUACGGAUGUAAAUAAUCAAACAGAAAGAAAACUCAAGUUUUCUGCUGUUCCUUUCAAAUUAUACUCAACCAAUUCACCUUUGGUUUUACAAGGAUCAAUACAUCAAGAAGACAGUUCAAUAUUUCCAAUUUAUUUCGGAGUCCAAUGUUGUGCAACAAGCAUUACUGCAUGCUGCUACAGUUCAGUACAUGAACCAGAUUUAUGGACUUCUGUGGAUGUUGAUGCUUGUAUUUAUAUAGGAACAAAGCUUCAUGGUAAAUCAGAACCAUCACAACACUCAUUUUUACUGCCUUAUAAAGUACACAUUCCAGUUAAAACAUCCAACGGCAAAAUAAUAUCAGUAGUUGCCGAUAAAGAAGCAAAGUUCCUUGGACCUAUACAUGAAAUAGACAACUUUGCAGAUAGCUUUUCAUAUGCUUUAACAAUUUUUUUUUUCAAAAUUGCAGAUGUUGCAUUCUAACGUGUGGUGAUUACUCUUUUUGUGCAAUUUUUAGCAAAGAGAAAUACUGGAUUUUUGAUAGUUGAAGUUUGGGUUGCGAACACCCUUCGUUACACCGCCGAAAAUGACGAAUUUUGAAACGUUUUUCUGCAAUGGAAAUGGCAAUAAAGAUGUAAUUUUUAUUGACAAAAACAUUAGUGAUACAAGAGGCAUCUGUUGAACUGAAAGAUGUGACA